AUGGAUGAAAUUCCCAAGAGACUUGAAGAAGCAAGAAAGACUCUCGUUAUUUCUAAGAAGUUGGUCAUAAAAAGUUUUUGGCACAUCUCAGGUCAAUUAAACUCUAGGCAAGAAUUUGGUGCCUCAAAGUUAACGCCAAAGGAUAAUUUAGAACAACGUCAAACUAAAACAUUAUCAUAA